GCAUGCGCAGUGAGGAUAAAGCGAUAGGCGGACGGAGGCGGCAGCUCGGCUUCACCGACCGCGAGAGAGGAGAGAGAGCGCGGGCCGAGCCGGACACCCGGACCGACCGGCAGCCGCCCUCACAGAGACCGACACCCCCCGCCAGGGGAGAGAGAGAGAGAGACACCGCCCGCCGGAGACCGACCGACCGCCCGGAUACAGACUCCUAUUUUCCAAAUUCUCGGAAGUGCCUCUCGGGCCCUCGGACACCAAGAUGGCCGGCGAGAAUGACAACCCAAAUCCAGGUUCGCGGAUUAUGACUUUCUAUCCGACAAUGGAGGAAUUCAAGAACUUCAAGCGUUACAUAGCAUACAUUGAAUCCCAAGGGGCCCAUCGUGCUGGUUUGGCCAAGGUUAUCCCUCCAAAAGAAUGGAAGCCACGGACUUGCUACGAUGACUUGGAUGACCUUGUGAUUCCAGCUCCCAUUCAACAAGUUGUAACUGGCCAGUCUGGCCUCUUUACACAGUAUAACAUUCAGAAGAAGCCAAUGACAGUCAAAGAGUUUCGUCGCAUUGCAAACAAUGACAAAUUUUGUACUCCCCGUUAUGCUGAUUUCGAGGACUUGGAACGGAAGUAUUGGAAAAACUUGACAUUUAAUGCUCCGAUCUAUGGCGCAGAUGUGAACGGAUCUCUGUAUGAUAAGCAUGUGGAUGAGUGGAACAUUGGGCAUCUCAACACAAUCCUGGAUGUGGUGGAGAGAGAAAGUGGUAUCACCAUAGAAGGUGUGAACACGCCAUACUUGUACUUCGGCAUGUGGAAAACCUCUUUUGCUUGGCACACUGAAGACAUGGACCUUUACAGCAUAAAUUAUCUGCAUUUUGGGGAGCCCAAGUCAUGGUAUACCAUUCCCCCAGAGCAUGGAAAAAGACUGGAGAGGCUUGCCAAAGGAUUUUUCCCUGGGAGUGCUCAGAGUUGUGAAGCUUUUCUACGUCACAAAAUGACUCUAAUUUCUCCAUUUAUCCUUAAGAAGUAUGGAAUACCAUUUGAUAAGAUAACGCAGGAAGCUGGAGAAUUUAUGAUCACAUUCCCAUAUGCGUACCAUGCUGGGUUUAACCACGGCUUCAAUUGUGCAGAGUCUACCAAUUUUGCUACACUGCGAUGGAUAGAGUAUGGAAAGCAGGCCGUCCUGUGUUCUUGUAGAAAGGACAUGGUAAAAAUCUCGAUGGAUGUCUUUGUACGGAAGUUCCAGCCAGAGCGUUACAAGCUGUGGAAAUCUGGGAAAGAUACCGGCGCCAUAGACCACACACAACCCACUCCAGAAGCUGCUGAAUUUGUGGAAGAUCAGCCCGAGACUGAUCAGAAAAAAAGUGUGGCUAAACAUCGCAUUGGAACCAAAAGGCACAGAGUGUGUCUGGAGGUACCAAAAGAGCUCAGUGCAGAUUUUUCGAAGGAUGAAUUUUGCCCCCCUCCAUGUGACGUGGACACGGCCUGUGUGGCGCCGAGCGAAGACACUUGCACUGAUGAGGCAAUGGAGCCGGGUUCCUCUGGACAGAAAUUUGAAACUCUCAAAAAUGUGGAGGCUUUCAAUCUGUCUGAACAAGACGCCCCGCUUUCCAACCCAAACAGCCCCUCAAGCAGCAGUUCCUCUUCCUCCUCCUCUUCAUCCUCUGCAGACAGCUCCCCUGAGAGCUCUGGGUCCUCUGAUACAGAUUCUGACAAUCAGCAAAGUGCAUCCUCUUCUGGCACGUCCUGGUCUGUGCACAGCUAUGCCAAAGGCGAUGACCAUCCUGGAGUGAAGAAGAGCAGCAGUCUGGCCAGCUUCUCUGAGCAGGAUGUGGGAGAGGUUGCUGAAAAACACUUGACGUCCAUAAAGGAGAACCAGAAUGCCAAGAGCCGGCGGCAACCCCUUUCCAAACUCCCCCGUUAUCACCCGCUGGUGAUGAAAGAUAGCGGCAGUGAUGAAGAAGUCCCUGAACAGCUUGUGAUGGAUGAGGACUUUGAGGAAACGGAAUCCUGGGCGAAGCCCCUCUCUCAGUUGUGGCAAAACAGACCUCCCAAUUUCCAGGCAGAGAGAGAUUACAAUAUUGCCAUGUCACUGUUAACUCCUCACUGUGCGGUCUGCAUGCUGUUUCAAACACACCAUCAGUCGGAGUGUGGAGGACAGAAGGCGAGAACUGACCCAAGCACAAUUGGAUUCCGUAUGAAAAGCAAACCUCUUAUUCCAGAGAUGUGUUUCACAACUACAGCCAGCAGCAGCGAGCUGAGCAUUUCUGCUCCAUAUCUGGAGGAAGAUGGAACCAGCAUGCUUAUAACCUGCACAAAGUGCUGCGUGUGUGUUCAUGCCAGCUGCUAUGGGGUUCCUAAAGAAAAGGCUGUGGAAGGGUGGCUUUGUUCCAGGUGUGAAGAAAAUGCAUUAAUGGAGGAUUGCUGUCUGUGCUGUCUACGCGGUGGUGCAUUGCAGAAAGCCAAUGAUAACCGGUGGGUUCAUGUAAUGUGCGCUGUGGCGGUUGCAGAAGCAAAGUUUGUAAACAUCGUAGAGCGAAGGCCGGUCGAUAUCUGCAAAAUCCCGCUGCAGCGGUUCAGAUUGAAAUGUGUGUUCUGCAAGAAGAGGCGAAAGCGGGUUGCCGGUUGCUGCGUGCAGUGUUCCCAUGGGCGAUGCCCCACCUCAUUCCAUGCUUCCUGUGCCCAGGCCGCUGGUGUGAUGAUGCAGCCUGACGAUUGGCCCUUUGUGGUGUUUAUUACCUGCUUCAGGCACAAAUCCACCAACAAUGAGGGAAAAGAUUCAAACAAGGAUAUUGUACUGGGACAAGCAGUAAUCAGCAAGCAUAAGAAUGGCCGUUACUACCAGUGCGAGGUAGUAAAACUGACCAAGGAGACUUUCUACGAAGUUAACUUCGAUGACGGUUCUUUCAGCGAUAACUUGUAUCCUGAGGAUAUUGUGAGUCGUGACUGUAUUAAUGCAGGUCCUCCGCCUGCAGGGGAUAUUGUUCAGGUCCGCUGGACAGAUGGAUUGACUUAUGGAGCCAAGUUCGUGGCCUCGCACACUAUUCAGAUGUACCAAGUCGAGUUUGAGGAUGGCUCCCAACUAGUCGUGAAGAGAGAUGAUGUUUAUACGCUCGACGAGGAGUUGCCAAAGAGAGUAAAAACACGUUUGUCUGUGGCAUCUGACAUGCGCUUCACAGAAAUUUUCACUGAAAAGGAAGUAAAACAGGAAGUGAAGCGGCAGAGAGUCAUCAACUCUCGAUAUAGAGAAGACUACAUUGAGCCAGCUCUGUACCGGGCCAUCAUGGAGUGAGGCUGUGACCGGAUCUUCGCCGAACAUCUUGCGAAGAGGACAUUGGCUUUGCCUCCUAAAACUGUGGCCAAUUAUUUCAUAUCUUGGGACCUUGCAAUCUUACUGUGACCUUGCAAAUAACUUCUGAACACUUAUAUAAAAAGUCCUACCAUGUUUUGCAAAGCAUUAUGGUAUCACAGGAUUGAAGUGGACUUUUCUGUUGGUCUGCAUCGCAUCCGUUUCUCCUUCACCCCUUUCUCACAGGAAGCUUGAGGAUGUGCACCCCAACUACCUUCAAAACAGAGCGCCCAUGGUGCUAGAUCUCUAACUUUUUUUUUUUUUUCUCUUUUAUUUAAAUAUAUAAAUAUUUCCAUAUAUAUUUGGAUUUUUGGUUUUGGUUUUUCCCUCCUGUGGUUCAUUUGAACCGAUGAGCCUGGAGGAAACCUGGACAGAUGUGGGAAUGGUAUCCAUAAAUUAAUUUACACCUGAUCGCUUCCCUCUUCUGAUUGCAGGAUCCCAGAUACUGGGAGAAAGACAUUACAUUAGAGAAUGGUUUGGUUUUUGUUUUUUGGCCCCUGGAUUCCUUUUUGAUAAAUUUUCGCAUUUGAAAAUGAAAUCUUCUUUUUGAUUUCUAUUUAACGUUUUCUUGUGCGGAACUUGUGGACAAUAAACUGCUGAUAAAAUAAAUUGCAGGUUCAUAUUGAUGCUUUACGUAAGGGAAUCUGCAUGGAAGUGAAACUUGGUUACAAGAACUGGGGUUUUUUUUUUUUUUUUUUGGUUGUUGAAGGGUCUGGGCAUCUGGUCUGUAGUUUUUAGAAUCCAAUGAGUGUCUACCUCUUGCUUAACAGCUAAAUGUCUGUUUUUCAAUUAAUGAAACGAUCAAAUUUUAUAGAGAAAUCUGAUUCGGUCUGCUCUCUUCACAUUAAAAUAAGUUUUAAAGGACCGAGUUGUGUAACAAAUGUUUACACAAACCCCCUAGAUCACUCUGUAACCAGAAAUAUCACAAAGAGUGUGGAUAUUGACCUGAAAGGAAUUCUUGUGUGAACAUAUACAGGAUACGAAACCUGCCUGUCAGAAUCCUACUUGUAUGUACAUGCCAAUUGUAUGUUUUUAAGAUCAUUUAAUCAGCUUGUAACCUGAAGAGAUCCCCUUGUAAGCACCUUGCUUUUUGAGCAUUCUGUCCAUUUUUCUUUGUCAUUUUCAGGUUGUGUAACUUUUAGAACUGUGAGUGCGAACGCUGACUUAGAGUGCCGCGAUGUUAUAUCAGUGGCCGAUUUCACAACAUGUGCCAACGUGCGCAUUUUGUAAAGAAUACAGUGGAGCAGGAGACGCUUUAUGUGAUUAUUUAAAAAUCAACUUGGUUAAAUAUUGUGUGGUUUUUCUUCUAAACAUCCCAACUGAGUGCUUGGAUUCCAGUUGAUAAAUGGCUUACUGGCAGCAAAAAUGUUCAUAAGGUUGAAACUUCUGUAUGGUUGGAGAGCAACAUGGGCCGUGCCUGCCGCUCUAGGAAUAGACAUUAAAGAUGGGGAGCUCUGAGAACAUGAUUGAUGCUGUUCCUGUGCGUGUUUUUUAUUUUAUUUUUUUCGUUCCUUUUCUUUAAACCCUUUUUUUGUAGUUACCGUUCCUUAAGGCUGGACUUCCCAGCGUUGAAUUCAGCCAUGUUAAAAGACUGCAUUUUAUUUUCAUUUUAAACUAAACUUUAAAUUAUAUGGUUAGCUAGAGCAUUAAUUUUAGCAAUAAACUUGUGUGACGUGCA